AAGUGAGAAAGAUCUUUUUGAGUUGUAUAAGCAAAAUUUCAUCGAAAUUUGGGCUCAUUAGAAUGCAAUAAAUUCACCUAAGCCUUUGAUUAUACACAUUAUGUACCAUAGCAUCAAGUAAAAUGGUCUAAAAGAAUGCAAUAAAUUCACUUAUAGAAGAACCCCAAAUGCAUAAUCAUAUGCAAGGGCCCAAUUUGGCCAACCCCAAAUCUGAUAUCUUUACUAUAUAACACUGCGAUGGACAAUUUCCCUUUAUCCACUUGUUGGAGCCAUAUAAGUUAACAUCCAUGGCUAUCACUGAAGUCAACUGCUGUGAAUAGCACAGAGCCAUUUUCUUGCAGGGAGAUUUCGACUAUGUGCAUAGCGGUGUUUAUGUGGGAAACACACCCACUUUACCCUUUCAUUUUAUUUCUCAACAGAGACGAGUAUCACAACCGGCCAACUGAGCCAUUGAUAUGGUGGGAAGGUGGGGAGAUUCUUGGUGGAAGAGAUGGGCAAGCUGGUGGGACAUGGUUGGCUUCUUCUAGGGAUGGUAGAUUGGCUUUUAUCACCAAUUUUAGGGAAUUCCAAUCCAUUCCUCAAGCUAAAAGUAGAGGAAAUCUCCCUGUUGAUUUCUUGCAGAGCAAGAAGAAGCCUAUUGAAUUUGCUGAAGAAGUGGUGAAGGAGGCAGAUCAGUACAAUGGGUUCAACCUUAUAUUAGUUGAUGUUCGUUCAAAAUCCAUGGUUUAUCUAACGAACCGACCAGAAAAAACUGGCAACUUUGUCACACAGGUUUCACCUGGGAUUCAUGUUCUAUCAAAUGCAAACCUAGAUUCACCUUGGCUCAAGGCUCAAAGAUUGGAUCAUAAUUUCAAGGAGGUAUUGGCUAGAUAUGGCAAAGAUGAACUUCCACUUAAAGAGAUGGUUGGCCAACUAAUGAUGGACACCACUAAAGAUGAUUUAAGCUUGUUACCCCACAUAUACUCACCUGAGACUGAAUAUGAUUUGAGUGCCAUUUACAUAGAUACCACUCGUCCCCAGGGACGUUAUGGAACCAGAAGCCAGUCAGCAUUGACAGUGAAAUCAAAUGGGGAGGUGUGCUUUUAUGAAAGAUAUUUGGACAAGGAUCGGUGGAAAGAGAAUACAGUAACUUACCAAAUAGAGAUGACCACAAAGUAAACAUCAUUUGCAUGAUUGAUAUAUAUAUUGGCUGGUUGAGGUUUAUUUUCAAGACAUUUGAACGUACGUUUGAUUAACAAGCUAAUGAUAGUCAAUAACAAGUUUUUUCCUAUAAA